AGCAUCUCUGGCAAAGGUCUGCAGCCCGGUUUUGGAACCGCGAGGGGACGCGUCGCAAAGGGAGCGGCUUCUGAUCGGACCCUUCGUUGCAUUAGUCUGACUCCCUCUGGGGCAGCCCUGGGACAGUAGUGCCAAUGGACAAAGAGCUGAGCACCAAACAAAUCCUCUAUGGCUCGCGAAGGCAGUAUGUGGAGCGCGCCCCAAACCUGAACAUGGGCCACCACGGGCAGCAUAAAUGCUGGUCCAUCUCGAAACGGCCGGAGCACAUCAAGCCGCGGCGACGCGGCAACGCGGCGCGGACGAGGUACUGCACGCCCAGUACAAGAAGAAGGCCGUCAACGGCGCCGGCGGGCGGCCGCGCCAGCCUCGAGACGAAUGCCACGGUCGUCACCGCCUCGACGCGGCCGAGCACGGCCGGCGCGCGCCGGCCGACGUGCCUCUUCGGCGCCACAAGGGCUUCAAUGAUGAAAAAAGAGCACUCGCACAAGUUCAUGACCUUGAAGGGGAGCAGUCUGGGCCACAGCAACGACCUGUCGCUGUUCGAGCGGAAGGCUCUCGAAACACAAAUGUUUCGCAAGGCGCAAGAAGCGAAAGCGCGCGCUAAGGCUCUCGCAGGGUUAGAUUGGAAGAACCACGUCCUGGAGAAAUGCGCGGGCUGCUGGAUUUGGAUGGAUUAUAAGUCCGGCAUGGCGAACGCCGUCGAGGAAGUGCUCCCGCCGGGCACGAAGCCUGGGAUAACGAGGGGGGAAUUCCACAAGCAUCACACGGAUCCGAACAAGCCUCCGACGCCACGCAAACCGCCGCCACCGCUAUCGUAUGUGCCGGUAGGGAUGACGGUCUACGACCGCGACGGCGGCUCCGACGCGUUCCGGGAAUUCGAGGCACUCCUCGACCGCGACGCGAAGUCGAGGCGACGGCCGCAGUCGGCGCCCGCUAGGAGGUAAUAAAGUCAACAAACUU